CGACUGACCUGAUACCACACACACACUCUCUCACGUCACACACUCUCAUCAUACCACACUCACAGAGGCGCUGAAACUCAGAGCAGCGCUGGGAGAUGCUACCGGCUGGCAGCCACUGACAACCUUCAGAGCUCAGUUGAUCUGGACACACACCUUCACCCCCAGAGAGCCCGACACACUCCUAGUGCACCGAGGAAGAGCACUCGACAAAGAACGCCACAGUGACCUCCAGCAGUUAGACUGCACCCGAUCCCACAUCCUUCAAAGAAAGGGGAACCUGACCCUGGAGCAGGAAAAAAAAGGAGCGAUCACACUCCGCCGCCGAAACACGACCCACUGGAGGGAGAGACAGAGGGGCUGACGACCGUUUCUAGCAGCCGGGGCGAAGAGGCAGGAUGCUGGCUAAAAUCCUGGCGGACAUGUGGGUGGAGCCCGAGGUGCUGGAGGCCCUCAGCGAGGAGCAGAAGAGGAUCCUGUUCUUGAAGAUGAGAGAGGAGCAGGUACGCCGCUGGAGAGAGCGGGAGGAGAGGGAGGAGAGGGAAGGAAGAGAUGACAAAAACACCAGGCCAAAGAAAGCUUACCAUAAACAUGUGACCUGGCUGCUCGGUUGGGACGGAGACGUGAGCGUCAGUGUGAUCGGAGAGGUGGACGAGUUCAGGUCCUCCAAACUCCUCCAGAGCCUCAUGAACAACAGAGUCCGCGGCGAUAAUAUGAAUGGCAUCCAGACAGCGGCCUCGCUGCCAGGAAGAGAGGCCCGGCAGCUCAGCUUUAAAGAAGACAUCCAGCUGUCCCUCGCAGAUGUUAGCGAUGACCCAGCUUCACUGAGCGGCCAGUCAUCUGAGGAGGACGUGGACUCCAGCAGCGCUGAUGACGACCCGAAGGACCCCGCCGAGGACAGCGACACUGAAUCAGGCGGAGGCUCAGACAACCACAGCGACUGGGUUCCUCUCUACAGGCCCCAUCUUAGUAGCCAUGGCAACCAGCCGCCGCUCAAAGCCCAGCUGUCAGACACAGAGAGGGCCAGCCCACAGGACAGAGAGAUUGUGAUCUGCGAAGAGAAGAAGUCUGAUCAUGGAGGCCGCGUGGCGCAGCUCAGGAGGGCCUUCGCAGAUGAUCCUCGCCGCUCUCCACCCGCCUACACCAAACCUCCUCUACCUGCCAAACCUGCUAACCUACAGAAAAGAAGCACACCUUUGAUCCACUAGGACUGCAGGUGAAUCCACGCUGCUCCAAGACAAUACUUGAUGCCAAAGACGCAGACCGUACUGAGUUGAAUGAGCCUUGUGCCGAAAUAAAGGCUCAGUCCGACACUGAUGGAGCAGGAGAGGAUCCUGGCUUGAACCUGAGCGUUGGACUGAGAUGCACUUUGUUUCGGCCUCGACUCGAGGCCCAGCCGAGAGAGAGGGCGAAACGUCUGGGGGGGGGGGGUGGAGUGAGAGAAAGACUUGAAAGCUUUUCUACUGAAGUCAACUUGAAUGAGAAAACGAAGAAGCUUUGAUGUUGCUGAGUUCAAAUACGCUCUCAUAGUUUGUGUGAUUGACAGGCAGACAGAGUGAAUGUCCGGAGAGACACAGACUGUUGCCUACAGGUGAAAAAACACCAUGGUCGACUUGUUCAAUGAGUGUUAAUGAACUUUUAUUAUUCAGAUGUCAUAAGCUUUUGGGGAACUGAAACAUUUAUUUUCUAAAAAUCUUGUUCAGGUCCAUGUGUACAGUUCAAAAGGUCUAAACUGCUUUAAAUGUAGUCCAUGUCACUGUGCUGCUGUAACACGACUGACUUUCACCAGCGUUGACAACACCUUCAUCCAGCAUAUCACCAGCAACCACACUGGUGCAGGGGUUUGGGGGAUAAAAUAAACGUUAAAUGCUAAACA